UAUAAAAAGUAGUGGAGGUCCCAUUCAUGGGGUGUAAAGAGACUAAUGAUGCCAUCACUUCAGCAUCCAAUGCAUUUGGUUCGUGGAGACAAUUCACUGCUGCUGAAAGGAGUAAAUGCUUACGGAAAUGGUUUGAUUUGUUAAUGAUUCACAAGGAAGAGCUUGGGCAACUUAUGACCCUAGAGCAAGGAAAACCUUUAAAAGAGGCCAUCGGGGAGGUCACUUAUGGAGCCAGUUUCAUUGAGUUCUUCGCAGAAGAAGCUAAACGUGUAUAUGGUGAUAUUAUUCCAGCCACAUUACCAGAUCGUAGCUUGUUUGUUUUGAAGCAGCCGGUAGGUGUUGUUGGUGCAGUGACACCCUGGAAUUUCCCGUUGGCUAUGAUCACUCGAAAGGUUGGUCCGGCUAUUGCCUGUGGUUGUACAGUGGUCAUAAAGCCAUCUGAGCUUACACCCUUGACUGCCUUAGCAGCAGCUGAACUGUCUUUUCAAGCUGGAAUACCACCGGGUGUGGUAAAUGUUGUAAUGGGAAAUGCUGCGGAUAUUGGGGAUGCUUUGCUUGCAAGCCCACAGGUAAGGAAGAUUACAUUUACAGGCUCAACAGCUGUUGGAAAGAAAUUGAUGGCUGGUUCUGCUGCCACAGUUAAAAAGGUGUCACUUGAGCUCGGUGGUAAUGCACCAUGCAUAAUCUUUGAUGAUGCUGACCUUGAUGUAGCCUUCAGAGGAACUCUGGCAACAAAAUUCCGCAAUAGUGGACAAACGUGUGUCUGUGCAAACCGAGUGCUUGUUCAGGAAGGGAUUUAUGACAAAUUCGUGGAAGCGUUUUCAAAUGCUGUACAAGAUUUGAAAGUUGGUGAUGGAUUUGGUGAAGGCGUUAUGCAGGGCCCUCUAAUUAAUGAAGCAGCAGUACAAAAGGUCGAAAAGUUUGUGCAGGAAGCCAUUUCUAAGGGGGCUAAAAUCAUAGUUGGGGGCAAGAGACAUAGUCUUGGCAUGACAUUCUAUCAGCCUACCGUGAUUACUGAUGUCAAGAGUGAGAUGCUUCUCUCAAGGGAUGAGAUAUUUGGGCCAGUUGCACCUCUUUUGAAAUUCAAAACUGAGGACGAGGCUAUCCAAAUGGCAAAUGACACCAAUGCAGGCCUAGCUGCAUAUAUAUUUACGACAAACAUUAGGCGAUCUUGGCAAGUCACAGAAGCUCUUGAAUAUGGAAUUGUUGGAGUGAAUGAAGGACUAGUUUCAACUGAGGUGGCUCCAUUUGGUGGCAUGAAACAGUCAGGUCUGGGCCGAGAAGGUUCGAAGUAUGGGAUGGAUGAAUACCUUGAAAUGAAAUAUGUAUGCCUGGGAAGUAUAUGAACAUGGCGAUUUAGCGUAAAUGGUGAUAAGUUCUCACUUCAGUGAAAACUUAAGGCUGUUCAUAUUGAAUAAAUAUUCCGACAGUUUGGUUUCUGAAAUCAUUUGUUAUAAAGAUUUUUUGCUUUGCGUUCGGAAACUAUGCCGUUGCCAAAUUUUGGAAAGAUUUUUUGGUGUUUUGUUUUUACGGUUUUGAUGUUUAUCUAUUUACUGAUGUGAAUACCAUUUUUUAAUUUUAGUGUAGUAAUGUGAAAUUGUGA